AUGGAAGUAGUAGCUUCUACCUCAACCUUCGAAAUUCCAGGCCUUUAUUCUCGCUUAUCAAAAGCGAACCUCUUCGUGGUAUCGCCAUUCAAGACUCAGCGCGCUCUUUGGGAAAACCCACGAACUCCUUCGCAACUCAGAAAUCUUGUUGAUAUUCUACGAAACCCAAUUGUAUUUCUUGUUCCGCUUCCCUCGCUGUCUGUUCAUAAAGUCAUGAAUCCCGGAAAAUUCACCCACAAAACAAACGAAUCCAUUACAACAGCCCAGCAGCUGGCAAUGUCUGCCGGCCAAGCGCAGUUCACCCCUAUCCACUCCGCAGCCGCCCUUAUCUCCGACCCCACCGGAAUUUUCCGGCAGGCAGUCGCCGGAGCCGCCGCCUCCCUCGAACGCCUCAUCAACAAAGCUCUCAGAAAACUCCCCUCCCAAUCCCCUCCUCCCGACGAGAUCCCCCCCAGCACUUCCCUCAUAAAAGUUAUCCACCGCGCGCAGUCCCACCAGAAGUCCCGUGGAGACUCCCACCUCGCCGUCGACCAGCUCAUCCUCGGCCUUGUAGAAGAUUCUCAAAUCCAAGACCUUCUAAACGAGGCCGGCGUGACAAUCUCCAAGGUUAAGGCAGAAGUCGAGAAGCUGAGGGGCAAAGAUGGAAAAAAAAUCGACAGCCCCACUGGCGACUCUACCUUCCAAGCUCUGAAAACCUACGGCCAAGAUUUAGUCGAGCAUGCCGGAAAGCUCGAUCCAGUGAUCGGCCGGGAUGAAGAAAUCCGGCGAGUUAUCAUAAUUUUAUCGAGAAGGACUAAGAACAAUCCGGUUUUAAUAGGCGAGCCAGGAGUCGGCAAAACUGCAGUUGUCGAGGGUUUAGCUCAGAGGAUAGUUAAUAAAGAUGUCCCGAGCAAUUUGUCCGAUGUUCGGCUUAUAGCCCUUGACAUGGGAGCGUUGAUUGCUGGCACUAAGUACAGAGGGGAGUUUGAGGAGAGGCUUAAAGCUGUGCUUAAGGAAGUUGAAGAAGCUGAGGGGAAAGUGAUUUUGUUUAUUGAUGAGAUUCAUUUGGUGUUGGUGGCCGGGAGGACUGAAGGGUCUAUCGAUGCGGCUAAUCUGUUUAAGCCGAUGCUUGCGAGGGGUCAGCUGAGGUGUAUUGGGGCUACGACUUUGAAGGAGUAUAGGAAGUAUGUGGAGAAAGAUGCGGCUUUCGAGAGGCGUUUUCAGCAGGUUUAUGUGGCUGAGCCGAGCGUUGUUGAUACGAUUAGUAUAUUGAGGGGUUUGAAGGAGAAAUAUGAAGGUCAUCAUGGUGUGAAGAUUCAGGAUCGUGCGCAUAUAGUCGCGGCUCGGCUUUCUUCUCGGUACAUUACAGGGAGACAUCUUCCGGACAAGGCUAUUGACUUAGUUGAUGAAGCGUGUGCUCACGUGAGAGUCCAGCUGGACAGUCAACCCGAGGAGAUCGAUAAUCUCAAGAGGAAGAGGAUUCAUUUGGAGGUUGAGUUGCAUGCUCUCGAGAAGGAGAAAGAUAAGGCCAGUAAAGCUCGCCUAGUCGAAGUUCGGAAUGAAGUCGACGAUCUGAGAGAUAAACUGCAGCCACUCUUGAUGAGAUACAGAAAGGAAAAAGAAAGGAUAGACGAGCUCAGGAGGCUAAAACAAAAACGAGACGAGCUUUUGUACGCCUUACAGGAAGCUGAAAGGCGAUAUGAUCUUGCUCGAGCUGCAGACUUGAAAUACGGAGCCAUUCAAGAAGUCGAGGCCACAAUUUCUAAACUCGAAGCCGGUGGAAAUGAAAACGGGAUGCUUACAGAGACUGUUGGGCCAGAACAGAUUGCUGAGGUCGUGAGCCGUUGGACGGGAAUACCCGUGACUCGUUUGGGUCAGAAUGAAAAGGAGAGAUUGAUUGGAAUGGCGGAUAGGCUGCAUAAGAGGGUGGUGGGCCAGGAUAAGGCGGUGACUGCAGUGGCUGAGGCUGUUUUGAGAGGGCGGGCCGGGCUUGGAAGGGCCCGGCAGCCGACGGGCUCGUUUUUGUUUUUGGGCCCGACUGGAGUUGGGAAGACUGAGCUUGCAAAGGCUUUGGCUGAGCAGAUGUUUGAUGAUGAUAAUCUUAUGGUGAGGAUUGAUAUGGGGGAGUAUAUGGAGCAGCACUCGGUGGCUCGAUUGAUUGGAGCUCCACCUGGUUAUGUUGGGCACGAAGAAGGUGGGCAAUUGACGGAGGCCGUGAGAAGGCGACCUUACAGUGUUGUUCUAUUUGAUGAGGUUGAAAAAGCACACCCAUCGGUUUUCAACACUUUGCUGCAAGUUUUAGACGACGGGAGGUUGACCGAUGGUCAAGGUCGAACAGUUGACUUCACGAAUACCGUCAUCAUCAUGACCUCAAAUCUCGGGGCCGAGCAUCUCUUAAGAGGAUUGAUGGGAAAGUGCACUAUGGAGAGCGCUUGUGAGAUGGUGAUGCAAGAGGUGAGGAAGCAUUUCAAGCCCGAGCUGCUCAACCGUUUGGACGAGAUUGUUGUGUUUGAUCCUUUAUCUCACGAGCAGCUUCGAAAAGUUUGCCGUCUCCAGUUGAAAGAUGUCGCUGUUCGAUUGGCUGAGAGGGGUAUUGCUUUGGGAGUUACUGAAAAUGCACUCGAUUUCAUAUUGGCCGAAAGCUAUGACCCGGUUUAUGGUGCACGGCCGAUAAGGAGAUGGCUGGAGAAGAGGGUAGUGACCGAGCUGUCUAAAAUGCUCAUUCGAGAAGAAAUCGACGAGAACUCAACCGUAUACAUUGAUACUUGUUUGGAUGGAAAAGACUUGAAUUAUCGUGUGGAGAAGAACGGAGGGCUCGUAAAUGCUGCAACCGGUGAAAGAUCUGAUGUUCUGAUUCAGCUGCCAAAUGGGCUGGGCCGUUCGGAUGCUGCUCCGGCGGUGAAGAGAAUGAAGAUUGAAGAGAUAGAUGAUGAGAUGGAUGAGUAAAAUAUAAUUUCCUNUGGAAAUAUGGUGUAAUUAGUGUUUGAUUUUGGGGUU